AUGGCUAACUUUUCUGUUGAGUGCCUUGCCAGGAGUUAUUAUGAGGAGAUGACUCCACGGACAAAGGAUGCCGCGCUUCAUUCGCGAGAUCUCAGUGAAAUCGUGGAAUUUACAAAGGAAUCAAGAAGUCGAUACUCUGCAACAUCGCCAAACAACAGAUGCGACAACUCUUCUGGGUCCGAGAGUGAAGUGGGAGAUGACAGCGAGGGGGAGGCCACCCAGCAGAGGAGACUCAGGACCAAGUUCACAUCCGAACAAGUUAGCAAACUGGAGCAUACUUUCAGCAAGCAGAAAUACCUGGGUGCUACGCAGCGGAGGAAAAUCGCCGAGGAGCUGAAUCUUUCUGAAACCCAAGUGAAAACGUGGUUCCAGAACAGGAGGAUGAAACUAAAAAGGGAGGUCCAGGACAGAAGGACGGAGUUCCUGACAGUGCAGACCUCUCUUCUGCCUCCGAUGCUGUUUCAGCACCCAUUCCUCACCGGACAGCUCCCCGCCAGCUGCGGCUUCUACCCGCAACUGCACCCGCUCCCCGCACCUCUGCACCAUCACCCCUCCCACCCCGUUCUUCUGCCGCCGCCAAACUACUUCUGA